AUGUCUACACAAUCUAGUACAUACAAACAACAUAUCAUUCAUCAAAAUAAACAGAAUGAAAAGCAAACAGGUGAAAUACAACAAUCUAAACUAAAAGAGAAAUUCUCAUUUAGGAAAAAAUUCUUUAAUUCUGAUGGUUCACCACCAGAAAUUUUCAAUACAACUUUAUACUUAUCAGUUUUUGUAUUUGGUGUCUUAGGUUGUGCUCGUGGUUAUGAUGAAGGUAAUGUAUCAGGUUCAGUGGCACAAAAAUCAUUUCAACAUCAAUUUGGUUUAAAAGAUCCAACAAAAUCAGCAGAUGCUUUAGCAAAUUUAAAAUCAAAUAUAACUUCAAUGGUUCAAUUAGGUUCAAUUGGUGGUUGUCUUUUAGCAAUGUAUUUAGUUGAUAAAUUUGGUCGUAUAAGAACUUUACAAAUUGUUUGUAUUGGUUGGAUUAUUGCAGGUAUUAUUCAAAUCACUUCAAAAUCAGUGGGUCAAUUAUAUGCUGGUAGAUUAAUUGAAGGUUUAUUUAUUGGUCAAACAACAGUUAUUGGUCCAACUUAUUUAAGUGAAAUUUCUCCAAAAUCUAUAAGAGGUCUUUGUAAUUGUAUCUUUGCUGGUGCAGUUUAUUUUGGUAUUAUGAUUGCUUAUUUUGCAAAUUAUGGUACUGCUUUACAUGUUUCAUCAGAAUCUUCAAAACAAUGGAUAAUACCAACUUCUUUAAAAAUUGUUCUUGGUGGAUUAUUAUUCUUGGGUUCUUUACUAUGUAAUGAAUCACCACGUUGGUUAGUUAAAGUUGAUAAAAUUGAAAAAGCUUAUCAAAAUUUAUCCAAAAUUAGAAAAUUAAGUCCAAAUCAUCCUUAUAUUAUUAGUGAAAUUUCUGAUAUUCAAGAACAAUUGAUGGUUGAAAAAGAGGAAGCUGGUAAAACUUCAAAAUUUACAGUUUUCAAAGAAUUAUUCCUUGUUAAAUCAAUUAGAUAUAGAUUAUUCUUAGGUCUUGGUGCUCAAAUCCUUGGACAAUGGUCAGGUGCAAAUGCUGUGACAAUUUAUAUGCCAGAAUUAACUGCAAUGGUUGGUUAUACCGGUACUAAGAAAUUAUUAAUGACUGCUGUUUUAGGUGUUGUAAAAUUUUCAUCAGCUUAUUUUUGUGCAUUUUUCGUUAUUGAUUUCCUUGGUAGAAGAAAAUCUCUUUAUAUUGGAUUAAUAAUUCAAUUAUUAUCAACAAUUUAUUUUGCAACUUAUUUAGCUAUAGUUCCAAAUGUUACUGAAGAUUCUUAUACUCCAACUCAUUCACAAAAACAAGCUGGUGUUGGUGCUUUAGCCAUGUUAUAUCUAAAUGGUGUUGGUUGGACAAUGGGUUGGAAUUCAAUUCAAUAUUUAAUUAAUUCUGAAAUGUUCCCAUUAAGAGUUCGUAAUUUUGGUACUGCAUUAAUUAUGGCAUUCCAUUUUGCAAAUCAAUAUGGUAAUACAAAAGCUGUUCCAACAAUGUUGAUAUCAAUGAAUAAAUAUGGUACUUUUUAUUUCUUUGUUGGUGUGUUAAUUAUUGGGUUAUUUUGGUGUUGGUUCUUCCUUCCAGAAAUUAGUGGACGUUCAUUAGAAUCCAUGGAAGAUUUAUUUAAUUUACCAUGGUAUUUAAUUGGUAGAAGAGGUGCUCAAUUAUGUCCUGAUACUAGUGGGAUCAAUAAUGUUCAUGUUAAUGAUGCUGGUGAUAUUGAUGUUAUGAAACAAGAGGUUGAAUUUAUAGAGAAUGCUUCAACAAGUGAUCAAGGUCAAGGUCAUAAUGGAUAUGGUUCAAAUGCUGGUAUUUUGAGUAAUUCUAGACCUGAUGAAAAACAUCAUGAAGGUUCUUCCACUGAUGAAAUUCAUAACAUUGACUUGGAAAAACGUUGA